AAGCUGAACCAAAAACGUUUCUUUGCGACCAUGUCUUCGCUUAUACCGUGGGUGGGGGGCCGUGGUGUGUUCGACCCGUUCACAACUGAUCUUUGGGACCCGUUUGGGGCCACCACCAACUUGUUAUGGGACGUCGGCCGCAGCGGCGGCGGCGUCGGCGACGAUCCCGCCGUCCUCGCCUGCGCCAACGUCGACUGGCGCGAGACCGACCGGGCCCACAUCUUCGUCGCUGAGCUACCCGGGGUGAGGAAGGAGGACGUGAAAGUGGAGGUGGAGGACGGGAACGUGCUGAAGAUCAGCGGGGAGCGCGUCGAGAAGGAGGAGCAGAAGGGCGAUACGUGGCACCGCAUGGAGCGGCGGAGGGGCGCCUUCCUCCGGCGGUUCAGGCUCCCCGACGACGCAAAUCUCGACGAUGUCAACUGCACCCUCAAGGAUGGCGUGCUCACCGCCGUCGUCCCCAAGAAGGACACCGCCCAGGCCCGCAAUGUCCGGGCCAUCAAAAUUUCCGAAGGCGGGAUAAUGCAGCAGCAGCAACAGCAGGAGCAGCAGCAGCAGCAGCAGCAGUAGGAGUGGGAUUAAUGUGAUGCAGAAACAUAUGUACAUGUGUGCGCUAUAUAUAUACAUAUAUAUAGUAGUUGUAUAUGGAUCUGUAAUAGAAUUUUGUUAACUUCAGAGAGUGCCUGGUUCAGGAGAUGGAGGAGUUUGCAUGUGUAUAUGUUAGAUUAUGGGGUAUUGUAUGCAUGAAGGGAGAGAAUGGUAUGAGCGUCCUGUUUUGUAAGUUGUUAUCUUU